AUGUCAACAAUUGGCCAACAUUUUUACCCUGGAGAUGACGCUGUGCACUGCAACCCUGACAGGUGCUGGCGCUACAACUGCAGAAUCCUCAGAUUUUUAGAACAACAGCUACAAGAGACCACAUCGCUGGAGAAUUUACCGGAUGCACUGGGAAAGGCAAAACGAGCAUUGUGGUGGACAAGAGAGCAUUUGUGCUAUGAAAGACUUGCCAAUGCGAUGCACAUCAGAAGGUCUUUGAUCCAUCACCAUACCAGGGCAUUCAAUAUGAAGAAAUUCUUCACUGCAAUAGAGGCGCAGUGUGCAGUCGAAAAGAUCUGCAGUGCCCUCACAGCAUUCUUGGAAACGUUCAGCCUACACAUCUCAGGUUUGGAGGACAGGGUUCCACAAACAGACAUCGAUGAAGACAAGAGAACACUCAACAGCUACCUUGGCUAUGUUCUUGGUCUGUGUGCUUGCAAAUUCGAUGGUGUUCCUGCUGUUGUUGUUGACGAAUGGAAUGGCUCCAAGCAAGAACACAGCAGACAGCUGAAGGCAUUCCCACCCAUUACUGAAGACAGUGUGGACAAGCGUGAGCAGAUAUCCCUGGUUUUACGCAAAUGCAAGUGGAAAGGCGGGACGUUUGCCCUGAAGGAAACUGCUGUGGAUGACAAAAGGGACCCUGCGCAGCUUGCCCGAGCCUUUGGCGAAGCAUCCUGCAUUGCUUCAUGUCACAACUCUCCUUUUGUUGUCAAAUUCGUUCAGAUUACCCAAUGUGGGAAUUUGCUGCUGGAGUUGGGUGACGAAGAUCUGAUGACCUGGCUAAAGCGCAAUAAGCCAGCUGACCUAAAGUUGAAACUGCAGUUCCUCCAGCAGGCAGCUGCAGGGCUAGCAGAUGUGCAUGCCCAGGGACUUGUCCAUUGCAAUUUCAAGGAUGAGAAGCUGGUCAUUUUCAAUGGAAGAAAUGUGAAAAUCAGCGCCUUGAGCUCACUGGUUCCCAGCACCCUUGCAACAUGUACUGCUAUGAUAGAAAAUGGUGGUGCUUGGUGGGUUGCUCCAGAGGUAUUUGGUGGGAUGCCCCACACUUCUGGCAGUGACAUCUACAGCUUUGGCGUUGUCAUGCAUGUGGUCGUUGCAGAAACCCAGCCAUACAGGGGGGAUUGCUCUCCAGCUGCAGUGUAUGACAAGAAGAUGUGUGGACAGACUCCCUGUGAUUUGCCUUCCACUUGUCCAGGGAGUCUGGUGCAGCUCAUGUCGGAGUGCUGCUCAGUGGAUCCUGCCAGGAGACCCCCCUCGAUGAAUGAUGUGGGCACACGCUUGGAAAGGAUCAUGGGGGAAUUGGCGAGUGCAGGUCCUGCAGUGAAUCUCAACAGCAUUCCCUUGCAG